AUAAUGACCCAAAAUAAAAGUUAGGAGGCCCAUAAUCAAACACAGAGUGGUGAAGGGGCGACAAUUCACAUCAUCUUCAACCUCGGUUAGGUUCAGAAAGAUCAAAAUCAGAAUCAAUGGCGUCAGGAUGGGGGAUAACCGGAAACAAGGGAAGAUGCUACGACUUCUGGAUGGAUUUCAGCGAGUGUAUGUCUCGUUGCAGAGAACCCAAAGACUGCUCUCUUCUCCGUGAAGACUAUCUCGAGUGUCUUCACCACUCUAAAGAGUUUCAACGACGAAACCGGAUUUACAAAGAGGAACAACGUCAGAUAAGAGCUGCUGCACAGAAGGCAAAAGGUGGGGAUGGAGAUGGAGUUCCGCAUCAUUAGUGUAAAAUUAUCAAAUUUUCCGGUUUACAAUAAUGGUUGAGGUGUGCAAUCUAUUUUAUUUCUUGAAAGGUGGCGCAAUUUUGUGUGCCUCUUUAUUGUUUCAAGUGAUUGAGUACUUGUCAAUUUUCAUCAGCAACAUCCUAAUGAUAUUGUUAAAUUGAGUGUUUGAGCACAUUAUUUUAUAAUCUUAAUCAUAGCCCUUUUUUGUGUUA